AUGUUGACAAGGAAUCUUCUCAUUAAUUUACCAAAAACUGUUAGAAAAUAUUCACAAAAAUCACCUUGUGAUGAUGUGAUUUUCAAUUACCUACAAGGCUCUCACGAAGGAAUCACAAUUUUAGGUUUGAACAGAUCUGAACAAAAAAAUGCAUUCAGCAUUAACUUAGUCAACCAACUCCACCACUAUAUUGAUAAACUCAAAUAUGAAAACCGCACUAAAGUGGCUAUACUCAGAAGCACGAGCCCCAAAAUCUUCUGCGCUGGAGCUGACUUAAAAGAACGCGCAGAAAUGACCCCCAAACAAGUAUCAGACUUUGUCACAAACCUCAGAAGCCUAAUGAGCAAAUUACAAAACAUCCCUGUACCUGUAUUAGCUGCAAUUGACGGUGUAGCCUUAGGAGGAGGCCUAGAAAUCGCCCUAGCCUGUGAUAUCAGAGUAGCAUCUUCUGAUGCAAAAAUGGGCCUUGUUGAAACAAAACUUGCCAUUAUACCUGGUGCAGGAGGUACUCAAAGACUACCAAGGAUUGUUGGUGUUUCAAAAGCAAAAGAAUUGAUUUUUAGUUCAAGGGUUUUAAAUGGAAAUGGGGCAUUUGGAAUUGGGUUGGUUAAUCAUGUGGUGGAUCAGAACGAAUCUGGAGAUGGGGCUUAUCAAAAAUGUUUGACUAUUGCGGAGGAAAUUGUGCCUAAUGGGCCUUUGGCUAUACAAAUGGCCAAACAAGCUAUUAAUAGAGGAAUUGAAGUGGAUUUAUAUACAGGUUUAGCCAUUGAAGAAGCUUGCUAUGCUCAAAUUAUACCUACCAAAGACAGAUUAGAAGGUUUAAGGGCUUUUAAAGAAAAAAGAAAACCCAAAUAUCAAGGGGCAUGA